AUGAACCGCAUUGCUCCUGGGACGUCCGAAAUAUACAUUGCAAAUGCUGAUGGCAGCAAUGAGCGGAAGCUGUUGGGAAAUGAAUCGACCUUCGACUAUCAGGCCAGCUUCUCGCCUGACGGACAGUGGGUUACGUUCACAACCGAGCGCAAUGGGGACGGAAAUUCUGAUAUCUAUCGAGUCCGGCCAGAUGGCAGUGGCUUGGAGCAGAUCAUCGCCACAUCGUCCUACGAGGCCCAAAGCGUGCUUAGCCCGGAUGGCAACAUGAUUGCUUAUGUUUCUACUGCGAACAACUACAAAGCGAAUGUAUGGGUCAAGGACCUCAUAACGGGCGAAGAGAAGAACCUUACCAACACUGUCUUGGUUGCGGGGAAUUCAAGCUUACCCGAGGGUUACUAUCGGCCCGCAUGGUCACCAGAUGGUGAAUGGAUCGCUUUCUCUUCCGCUCGUAACACCCAAUGGCGAGGCCACGGCAAUGGUACUGGUUGGGAACACACCCAGGAACUCUCGAUAUACGUCAUUCGACCCAAUGGUCGCGACUUCCGGCAGCUUGCAACGAAGCAGGAUUAUUGUUUGGGAUCACCUAAGUUUUCUCCCGAUGGCAAACGCGUCAUCUUCUACGAGAUCACCACGGAGGCUACUUGGGACUCUCAUCGCCCUGAGUCGGUCAGUGCCGUGACUGGACAGCUUGUGUCGAUUGACUUUGAGAGUGGCCAGGAUGCUAUCGCACAUACUUCAGGUCCUGGACUGAAGAUGAACCCACAGUGGGUUACCAGCAAUGUGAUCGGCUAUCUGGUGAAGACUCCCGCUAAUGAAGGUCUCAACUAUACAGCUGAUACGACCAUCGGGAACGGCACGACUGGGAACGGUACUUAUGCGCAAGUCAAGGCAUCACUGCGCUCACCAUCCUGGUCGCCCGAUGGCACACAAGUAGUCUAUGAGAAAGUAGACUUCAAGGCUGUCCGCCCAAUGGGCAAGCAGCUGUACAGCUGGGAUGCUGAUUGGGAGUAUCGCUUCACAGAUGUCUUCCCGCAGCUCUCACUCCAAGGUCGCCUCGCCAUUACACAGAAGCAACUUGGCAACUCUAGCGUUGUCACAAUGAAACCCGAUGCCACAGACCUGGUGGAUGCCUUCGAUGUCUAUGAUCAUCUGAACGACACCUCGGCCAUCGGAAAAGGUCUCACAGGUGCCUUCCAACCCUCGUGGUCCCCCUAUGGCGAUCUGGUUGUUGGACUGGGCUCGUGGUUCCAAUCUCGUGCCACAGGGUCAGGCACAUUAUGGCAAAUCAGCGCCAAUGGCUCUACCGCUGAGCAGCUCACCUUCGAAGACGAGGCCAACACGGGCUUCCCCAGCUACUCCCCCGACGGGAAGUCCAUUGUGUAUCGUGUCUUCGGCAAGGAAUACGGGCUCCGCGUCAUGGACCUUGCCACCCGCUCCGUCCGCGUACUCACCAACGGCACCGCAGACGUCUACGAUAAUACACCCAUGUGGUCCCUGGACGGCGAGCGAAUUGUGUUUGCGCGCCGUCGCUCCUACACGAACUUCGACGUUGCGACUAUUCGACCCGACGGCACAGAUCUGCAGAUCUUGACGACCAGCGGCGGCAAUGACGCGCAUGCAGUGUGGAGCCACGAUGGGAGAAUCAUGUACAGCACGGCCGAGUAUGGGUUUCGCGAUGAGUGCGCAGGUUAUGAUCAGACAUUUCAGCCGUACGGGCAAAUUGUAAUCAUGGAUGCGGAUGGGUCGAAUAAAAGAUUGGUUACGGACAGUAUGUGGGAAGACUCGAUGCCCCUUUUCGUGGGUAGUGAAUAUCUGGGCUAG